AUAACACCACUUCAUGAACAAAUAUGUGUCUCUUUUAAUCCCUAUACACAACCAGCAUUGGUGCAAUACAAUUAAAUACACAUCAGCUACCAGUCUAUAGAUAUUGUGCAAUGUUGAUUGUUAUGCACAAAUAUUUCGAAGGCUUGUUCAUUUAAUCACAAACCCCAUCAGCUCUUGGUAAUUCGGUUAUUUGCUCCUAAGCCAUAGAGCUCUACCCAGUGAGUUAAUGUAGGUUCAUUUUGUUGAGCACACUGCCAUCUGGUGGCGACAUAGCGUCUCCUUUAGCCUAUCCGCGUGGAGCACCCCUUCCUGACGUGGCGCUGUGACAGACGCGCGCGCCUCUCCUCGUGUAGGACGGCCAUUGGACGCGUGCGCCUGUUGAUAUUUUUUGUAAAUAUAAACGCGCAGGUGCCGGACCGAAACUAAACUCGCAUGCAAAUAUAACGACUGUUCAAGAGACUCUGCGACAUGGUUCUGCAUGUUAAACGCAAAUGGUGACCUGGUUAAAUGCAGUGAACUUCUGUUGAGAUGUGUGUCUGCUUGGUGUUAUGACAUUUGGACAACCUAAAAACUACUUGUCAACUUACCUGUCAAGGGCUUUUCGACAGUGCAUACAGCAGGUGGUUUUGUCAUGCCACAGAUCACCGCCACCACCAUACUGCAGCUGACGCUCCUUCUCUCUGCACUGCCCGCGCAAUUCCUCAUCGCCAAAUGGACAAGCGGAUCGGCAGCAGAGCGCUCCAACGCUAUUAAAAGUAUUUUGGGGGCCUGGGAUAACCUGAGUGCGUCUUACCUGAACGUCGAUGCCUGGGCCGAAUGGGCAAUGUCGUUUGUGCCCAGCAUUCUCCUCAGUAAUAACGAGGAAGAGGACAUUGAUGACGGCUCCCCGCCCCUUGAGGAACUGCUCCAAGACAAUGACCUGGGUUUCUUUGGAGCCUCUAAGGAGCUGCGGAGACCCAGGCCGGCGUACGUGCUACACCGCGUGGGUCAGGUGGUGAGGGAGACACAGAACCACAUGGUGGGGGUGAUCGUGGCCUGGGACGCGGAGCUCAAAGCACCUGCCAGCUGGAUCAAGAAAAGAUACUCAGAGUCUGAGCUGGCGAGCGCCUCAGAUACGCCUCAUUAUAAGGUGGUGUUCAGUGGACCUGGUCCAUCCUCCAUCAUGAUGGGCUACCUGCCUCAGUCAGCACUCAGGCGCGUCAUGGGAUAUAAGCCUGAUAUCCCUACUCUUCACCUGUACUUCUCGGACUAUGAUGGAGAGAGGUUUGUCAUGCACGAUUGGCUAAAACAGAUCUACCCUGACGACUGAACACCAACAAGAGGAAGCGAGGAAGCCAAAGAGCAUGCCAAAGAUAGGCUGACCACCAGACAUGGGACUCAUGGGUGCAAUUGGAAAAUGUACCCCACAGUACCUUAUGGACGGAUCAAUGCAGGGUUUUAGAUGAAUGGAUGACAGGUUUUAUUGAUGGAUGCAUGGAGUUUUAGUAGAGAAAGUGCGCUCAACUCCGAAAAGUUUCUUACAAGGUCUUUGGGUGCGAGCAAACAGCAAAGUUCAUGUAUAGUAAAAAA